UAUACUUCCUCUGUACGGCUCCUUUAUUUUAAUAAAAAGUUACCUUCUCUCUUCCGUUUGUGAGAGUUCUUUUCUCUCUUUCACUUUUCUGCUCAAACUUACAUCUGAUGGUUUUUCUGUUUUCAAAUCUUUGGAUUCUUGAGUUUCAAAUAAAACUCUGGCAUGGUCUCAAAGACUCGCGUCGCCGGUCCUUUGAGCGAAGGAGUUAAAGUAGCUGAGCAAAUCGGGUAUUCCCUCAUCUACUAAACUAUCCAUGUUUAAGAGCAAUGGUUGCAAGCAACAUGUUUAGAUUCAGAAAGCAAACAGAGGCUGCAAUUAAUGGUAUGUUUCCUAAAUCUACAGAUGAAACAUUUGGACAGAAGUUUUACCAGACAUUCAAAAACAACAAGCGUUAUAUAAAUCCUAAGCUAUCUUGUACUAAUUUCACUACAUUUCAGUAUGUUGGGGAGUUAACUUAUCUAGCUGACUUAUUCCUUGACAAAAACCAAGAUUAUGUACUGGCAGUGCAUCAGGUGCUAUUGACAGCCUCAAAGUGCCCUUUUGUAGCAGGUCUAUUGAAGAGUCAUUUAAAUCACCCAUUGGGUCACGCUUUAAGGUUUAAGGGGGAUGUUAGUAUGUGUGUAUAUGGUUGAGACUGUCAGUUUUCCGAUGUAGUGUGUUGUAAUUGCUAUUUGAGAAGGAAAGAAGGGCCAAUGUUAACUUUGCCACUUAACUAUAUAAAGGGCAAAAUGUCUGUAUUUUUAUACAGAUUUCAUUUUAAUAAAAAUUAGAUUCUCUCUGCUCA